UCCCUCAACCCCUGCUGUUAGUGCUGUGUGAGUGCCCGUGUGCUCUGAGCUCGCUCGGCACACGUUCUAUAAAAAAUAAAAAUUACAAAAAAAUUUAAAAAUACAAAAACACCAAAAAAUCUUUUUUUUUUUUUUCCUUUCUCUCUUUUUGUAACAACUCCGGUGAAACUGGGCUAGACUUUUUUCGCCGACUGGAAGAUAACGUAGAAGAAAGAAGCUACACGAUACGAACUGGCACGUUUUGCUUUCAUAAUCUACGUUAAAAUUCGCCGUUUUAACAGUUUUAACUCCAGUUAAAACGUAAAACGCCUUUUAGUUCUCGAGAAGGUACCGGUUUGCUAACACUCAUCGGGAAGCUGCCGCCGCUCGUGACGUUGGCACAGUUGACCAGCUAACCUUAACCUACCGGACGCCGGUGCUGUCGUUAAAUCGGUCAAAAUGAACCCAGCUGCUCCAAGUUACCCCAUGGCCUCGCUCUAUGUUGGCGACCUGCAUCAGGAUGUAACCGAGGCCAUGCUGUACGAGAAAUUCAGCCCAGCUGGAGCCAUCCUGUCGAUCCGUGUGUGCAGGGACAUGAUCACCCGGCGAUCCCUUGGAUACGCUUAUGUUAACUUCCAACAACCGGCAGACGCUGAGCGUGCACUGGACACCAUGAACUUUGACGUGAUCAAGGGGCGGCCUGUGCGCAUCAUGUGGUCCCAGAGAGAUCCUUCACUGAGAAAGAGCGGCGUUGGAAACAUCUUCAUCAAGAACCUUGACAAAUCUAUCGACAAUAAGGCCCUCUAUGACACUUUCUCUGCUUUCGGAAAUAUUUUGUCUUGCAAGGUGGUCUGUGAUGACAAUGGCUCUAAGGGCUACGGUUUUGUACAUUUUGAGACUCAGGAGGCUGCUGAACGAGCCAUUGAGAAAAUGAAUGGCAUGUUGCUCAAUGACCGAAAAGUAUUUGUUGGUCGCUUCAAAUCUCGCAAAGAGCGCGAAGCUGAGCUGGGUGCCAGAGCCAAGGAGUUCACAAAUGUCUACAUUAAAAAUUUUGGCGACGACAUGGACGAUGAGAAGCUAAGGGAACUCUUCGGUAAAUAUGGAAACGCCAUGAGUAUUCGAGUCAUGACAGACGACAACGGAAAGUCCAGAGGCUUUGGGUUUGUCAGCUUUGAGAAGCAUGAGGACGCCCAAAAGGCAGUGGACGAAAUGAACGGGAAAGAGUUGAACGGCAAACUCAUCUACGUCGGCCGCGCCCAGAAGAAGGUCGAGCGACAGACUGAGCUCAAGCGCAAAUUUGAACAAAUGAAGCAGGACCGCAUGACUCGCUACCAGGGUGUUAACUUGUACGUGAAAAACCUGGAUGAUGGAAUUGAUGACGAACGCUUGCGAAAGGAGUUCUCACCAUUUGGUACCAUAACUAGUGCCAAGGUCAUGAUGGAAGGUGGGCGCAGCAAAGGGUUUGGCUUUGUCUGCUUCUCGUCCCCAGAAGAGGCCACUAAAGCCGUCACCGAAAUGAAUGGCCGCAUUGUAGCCACAAAGCCUCUUUAUGUGGCCCUGGCCCAGCGGAAAGAGGAGCGACAAGCCCACCUGACUAAUCAGUACAUGCAGCGCAUGGCCAGUGUUCGUGCGGUGCCAAACCCAGUUAUCAACCCUUACCAGCCGGCUCCUCCCUCUGGCUACUUCAUGGCAGCCAUACCCCAGGCUCAGAACCGUGCCGCUUACUACCCAGCUGCAGGUCAGAUGGCUCAGCUGCGCCCGAGUCCACGCUGGACCACCCAAGGGGUCCGGCCGCAACAUUUCCAGAGUAUGCCGGGUACAAUGCGUCCCUCAGCACCACGCCCUCAGACCUUCAGUGCCAUCAGACCGGCCUCGCAGGUUCCCCGCGUGAUGUCCGCGCAGCGCAUCGCCACUCAGACCAUGGGGCCCCGCCCAGCCAGCGCGCCCACAGCAGCUGCUCCCGUACGCAGCGUUACCCAGUACAAGUAUGCUGCAGGAGUCCGCAAUUCCCAGCAGCACAUGACCGCUCAGACUCCAGUCUCCAUUCAGCAGCCUGCUGUUCACGUUCAGGGACAGGAACCUCUGACCGCCUCCAUGCUGGCUGCAGCGCCACCGCAGGAGCAGAAGCAGAUGCUGGGUGAGCGGCUGUUUCCCCUCAUCCAGAACAUGCAUCCAAGCCUGGCAGGGAAGAUCACCGGCAUGCUGCUGGAGAUUGAUAACUCUGAGCUGCUCCACAUGCUCGAGUCUCCAGAGUCUCUCCGCUCAAAGGUGGACGAGGCCGUGGCUGUGCUUCAGGCUCAUCAGGCCAAGGAAGCUGCCCAGAAGACUGUGUCGAAUUCAGCUGUUGUCCAAAGUGUCUGAACCCGAGGAAAUGGUGAACUUGAGUCUACCUUCAAAGAUGAAGAAUUUCAUAUUAUUAAAAAAAGGAAAAAAUUGCACAAUACAAAGUAUAAAAAAAAAAAAAAUAAGAAAGAAGUCUCCAACCAGGCCAAAUGGACUGAACACCAGGUCUGGUUUGAUCAGUUGAAAAAGGUGGAGGAGGGGGGAAAUUAAUAAAGGUUAACGUUAAUAUAAAAAGGAUCAAAUAUAGUUUUAGAAAAUUCCACAAAAUUGAAAGCAUUCCUUUCUGCUGUUUUAUCCCUUUUUAAAUGAUUGAAUGUUCUGAAUAUAGCACAGAUGGCAGCCUGUUGUUGUGAAAUUUACCUUUGCUCGCUUCAAUAAAACAUAAAAUAAACUAUUUUUGCCCUUU